CGGCGUUCUUUCCCCUGCAGGGCGGAGACCCGUGACGGCGGCGUGCUCGGCAGUAUGAUGACGGCUGGGUAUCCUGAACAGGGGGGCGGCGGUGGGGGGCCUCCUUCAGCUGGGGCCGCGGCAGUAGGGGGAGCGACCGCGCCCACCCCGCAGCCAGUCGUGCCACCCGCCCAUGCCCCCGCCCAGCCCGCCCAUGAACAGUGCCUCUCCGGCCAGCCACUCCAGCCAGACCAUCAUAACUACCACGACCAGGCACAGUUUGAGGCUGACAAGCGGUCUGUGUACAAGCACCCGCUGUUCCCGUUGCUGGCGCUGCUGUUUGAGAAGUGCGAGCUGGCUACUCAGAGUGCAGAUUCCGUGAGCAGCGAUUCCUUCAACCUGGACAUCCAAGCGUUUGUCCAGCAUCAGGAGAGGGACCGCAAGCCCUUCCUUAUGAACGACCCGGAGGUGGACGGCCUGAUGAUCAAGGCCAUCCAGGUGCUGCGUAUACACCUGCUGGAGCUGGAGAAGGUGCAGGAGUUGUGCAAGGACUUCUGCAACCGCUACAUCACCUGCCUCAAGGGGAAGAUGCAGAGCGAGAACCUUCUGAGAACUGAGUACGGCUACGACUCCCCGGGCUCGCCUGACGGAGGAAGCCCCUACAACGGCCACCACAUGCACCACAUGCACCAUCCACACCCACAGGUAGUUAGCGCACACAAGACAGCUCCCCUGACCCCCCCGUCGUGUGAGGAGGAGGAGGAAGGAGGAAUGCGCGCCAGACAGCGAGGCGUCCUACCCAAGCAUGCCACAGCCAUCAUGAAGGCCUGGCUCUUCCAGCAUAUUGUACACCCGUACCCAAGCGAGGACGAGAAGCGGCACAUCGCGGCGCAGACCAACCUGACGCUGCUGCAGGUCAACAACUGGUUCAUUAACGCCCGCCGACGCAUCCUGCAGCCCAUGAUCGACGCCUCCACUCCUCCCGAACAAAAGACCAAAAAAUCGAAGGCCUACAACCCCAAGGCCUCUGCCACAAGGUUCUGGCCCGAUAGUCUUAUAAGUCUGCAUGGUAAACCACAGAACAAUAACAUCAACACGGCUUCGUCACUUGCUGCCAAGACUAACCUUAACUCGGAGGUGGCGGCGAGCCCCACAUCCAUGACGGGCGAGGAGGACGCAGAAGAUAUCGAGGACGAGGAUGAAGAGAAGACGAGAGAACAGGAGGAAGAGGUAGAAGAGAAGUUCAAGGAUGAAAACAGUUUCUUUCGGCCCAAGUCGGAGAGUCCGGUGCGUCAGGAGCUGGACAGUUAGUGGUCCAGGCGACGCGCGGCUCCUCUGGCUCGCGGCUACGGCCAGCACUGCGCUGAGCCACGCAGCGACAGGCAGACAGACAGACAGCCUCUCACGCGGCCCCUGGCGACGGUCAGAAUCACUAGAACAACGAGUUUCUAAGCGUGUUAGACAAUAAUCCCUUCAGGAAAGUGCUCGGUCUGUAGCGAGUCGUGGAUGUCUUUGUAGCACACGGCACUCACUCAGCACACCACGCUCACGGAUGUACUGGUUCAGAUUGGCCUGCAGUGCAUACUCGUACAUAAUGCAUCGAACUUAUUAGUAUUGGAUUUUAUAUAACUGACCUCAACGUGUAUGAGAGAUGAUUAAUUUCGAAGACUAAUGCAUACAGAUAGGCUGUAACUCAGACAAUAACUUAAUGAUAAGGACGCCGCAUGAUCAGACACAUAGGCUCAUUUCCAUUUUGUUAUGUAUAAAAGAGAGUAAAGUUGAUGAUAGAUGAAUUUGUGUAUUAGAAGCAGAAGAGACUCAGGAUGCCACACGCCGCGCCGCGCCGCAUCGCCACUAAUGAGGCGGAGCGUGCCGCGCCAAACUGCAGCAAGGUGCGGCCUCGCAGCGCACGGCGGCGAGUCUUACGGUAGUUGAUGUGAAAUAUUUCUUUUGAGCUUAACAACGAAACUACACAACGAAAUUGUAACGAAUGGGAGAGUAUGUAUAGUGUUGAGGAACCACGGAGCCUUAGGCAGCGGCGGCGGUGACGGGCCCUGUGCGCGGCGAGCUGAGGCACAGGGCCCACACAGUCCUCGCCGAGCCCUGCCGGUAGAGUCGUUAUGACGCAUUAGUAUUUGGCCGAGCGUGUGAGCCACAUAACUGACUGACCGUAGCGUGAGCAGCUUAGAGCGAGUAGAGAGUUUAACAUGUUCUUCCUCCCGAGCCCUCUUCCUCCUCCUGUGAUCUGAGUGCCAAGACCCACCAGGCCCUGAGCGCCCCGCCAGCAGCGCCGCGCCCCUGGCCCUGCUCCGGGCGGGCCACCAGCCAAGAGGUGUGCGGCGCGGCGGCCCGCGACGCCUCACAAGACUCGCUUCUGUGACCUGGAUUGUGAGAGCAAGAUGUUGAUGGGAGUGUCGAAGAAAUAUUGUAAUAAUUUUGAGCACCAAGGAACCAAAGAAUUCUCAUUCAUCUCAUAAGUGAUCAGAUGCUUAGUCUGAGAGAGAUAUACAUAAUAUAUAUAAAUAAUCUCCCCGUGUGAGGGAAGAGCAUUUAUUUUCUGAAGUCGCCAUAAGUUCAUUUAUCGAUUCAGGUAACUGUAACGAAGUAUACGAUGCUGUGCAACUGAUAAUAGGUAUACGACUACACUUAGAGGUUACGUGUAAUGUUAGGGACUAGAGAGUAACACAGUGAUUAGUUACAGUAUACAGUAUCCCCUCCAUUUGUACUAACCUGUGGUAACGCCUCCCAGACACACACACACACACACACACACACACACACACACACACACACACACACACACACACACACACACACACACACACACACACACACACACUCUCACACACACUUUCACACACAACACAAUACAGACGCACCACACUAACACAACACAACACAGACGUACUAACACACUAACUAACGCAACACAAAAAAAACAUCGAUGAAUAUUCUUUGGUUCCAUGUGUUUUACUUUUAAUGAAGAAAAAUGGCAACACCUGUCCAAGCAGAGUGGUAGUGACCCCCCCCACACUGACUGUCCCCCUGCCCCCUCACCCGGUGGAACACUACCUGGUAUUUCCAAUUUAUUAUGUGGUGAUGUGACCCCAUCUGACCUUAACUCAUUUGUGACCUGGAAAAAAAAAAAAAAGAUGUUUAGUGGUGAUCCAGAUGUUGAACACUUGAACCUCUCCGUAGUGACCUUGCCUGCCCCCCACGCCCCCCACUGUACCUGGAGACGCGUUUGAUGAACUGGCCACGACGCCCUUCCCCCGCCAGCCAUCAUGAACACUUAAACGAGCUUGUUGCGCGCCCGUGUUUAUAGUAAAAAAAUUUUGAAAGUAAAAAAAAAAAAAUGUGUAAAAAAUCCCAAAAAAUAUGAUAUUCAUGUUACUUCUUCUAUAAAAAAAAACAACAAAACAUUUUAUUGGUGAUGUAUCUGUGUGCUUCUGCGUGUUUGUCUAGGACUUUGUGUGGUCAAGGAAUGGCUGGGAGUGUCUUCUCGCGGGCUCCCUCCACCUGGCGGGCUUGACCCUCAACUCCAAGUGCCCUCCUGUAUACGUGAGAGCCCGGCCGGCGCUCUGAGCACGACUCACACACACUCACACACACAUACACACACAUGUACACACACAUAUGAUGAUGACAUGAAGGUGCAUAUUUCUAAGCACAAUAUGAUAUGCAUAAUUCUGUGAUAAUUUUUCAUGUGAUCUUUUCUCUUUUUCUAUUUAAAUUGCAACGAACAAACGAUAGCAAUAAUACGCAACGGGACUGAAAAGUCAAAAAAAAUCAAACCCCCAAUAGCUGCGCCAAGCGUUCUUAGUUUAAUAUGGAUUCUUUUGAGAGUGACACAGGCGGCUGGAGGCGCACGGCUCUCAUUCACUGCAGCAGACGAAAGUAAAGAGAAAAAUGAACACAGACAGAGCUAAGCCACACGCGCGGGACCUCCCCCCCACGUCCAGCGUCCACUGGCAGUAUCCACACAUGGCAAGCUCAACCGGACUUUAGUAAUGGACACUUCUGCGUGUGUUUUCUUGCCACGCCACGGACGCUGCCGCAUGAGGGCAUCUGAGUCCCGCCGUGAGUGCUCUAGUAGGUGGGUCGGGCGUCACCCUCCCCCUCCUCCCUCCCUCCAGCCGCCUCACCUCUUGUAACGUUUCAGCACGACGAUGAAAACAAGGACAAUGGUUGAACUCCCCAGGCCCAGUAACCAGUUUGUGACACCCUCAAGCCUCAGUUUUAGCGCUCUGUAACAACCCUCCUCUUCACCGCCUUUGUAACUCUCUUCAAACAUCCACCUUUGCUUAGGAUAGUAAUGUUUCAUAAUGUUUGCACGUACGUGGAUGUUUCGGUUUUCUUCGUUCUAUUUUCUCUUCUUAACGCGUCGCUCCGCAUUGAUGUUAUUUCCAUGAUUGAUUGUUCUUGUUAAAUCCGCCCCUGGUUUUCGCCCCGCCCCGCCCCGCCCCAACCUCCUGGGGAUCUCAUAGACUUGUUACUGGCUCUACCCUCUUCUUCCUGAGGCCAGUUCACUUGUUACAUUCCAUAUUAAUUGCAGAUGUCCUUACCCUAUUGAGCAUUAAGUAAAGUAUCCUGGUUCAAGAUGUGUUUCAUUUCCUUCCAUUCGAGGCUUUGAAGCUUCGAGACUCGUUUCUGCCAGAUAUCGUCAGAGAGAGAGAGAGAGAGAGAGAGAGAGGAUGUGUGUUAGUACUUGUGAGCGAGUGUGCUAUGGCGGUGAUGCUGCAAGAUAUGACGAGUCGGGUGUCAGGAAAGCGAUGUCGGGUUGCCGAGGAGUCUGAGGCUGAGAACAGACGUAAAGGAUCUCACCGACACUACAGGAGGAGGUGUGGAGGGCGUGCGGAUCACUAAGCUGGACGUGCCCGCCGUGGCCCUUGAGGGAGACCAGGUGCACCUCCGCUGUGACUACGAGGAGGAGAGCCCUUCGAGUCUGUACACACUCAAGUGGUACAAGAAUGAGGAAGAGUUUUUCAGAUAUCAGCCAGGACUUGCACUCAGCGAGGGGGGAGGACCGCUGCCGCAACCACCACCACUACCAUGUGGAUGGCGUCAGUGUGGAUUGCUGGGUGUCCACGGAGAGGGACGUGGUGCUGCAGGGCGUGACGGGCGCUACCUCCGGGGACUACCAGUGUGAGGGUGAUCGGUGAUUAUCCCACGUUUUAGGAAGGAAGCACACAAAGCCAGACUCACCGUGUUCACUGAGCCCCUGAAGCCGCCCUUGAUAGCGGGGGCGCGAGAGUCCUAUACGCCAUUGGACACCGUGAGCCUCACCUGCACCUCCACCAACAAGCAGUACCUGCCGGUCCUCUCCUGGCGCAUCAACGGAGACCCAGUGCCACAGGAGUACGUCAUCAGUUAUUCAGGUCGCCGCGCCUUGGGUCUUCGCUUCGUGGCUCGCUCAGACCUUUUCGUGCGGGGCGUCAUCACCGUCACCUGCCUCGCUUCCUUCGGCGGCCGCCACCUGCAGGCCUCCGAGGCGAUGCUGGCCAACGCACACUACAGAGGCACGCAUGACUUCUACUAUAACGCAGGAGCGGCGAAUGGCGGGGGAGAGGUACUGCUGACGGGGACGCUGCUGGCGGUGGUCGUGGUGGCGCUGUGUCGUCGCCUCUACUAGCAGCCCCGCCGUGUUUGUACAGAUGUAUAUACGUGUGUGUGAGCGUGCGUGCGUCCUGGCGUCUUCUGAUCCCCCGCCCCUUCCCUCUUCGCAAGUGUACGGCCGAAAAAUAUAUUCCAUUCAAGUUCCUCCUGGUUGCUUAGUUACGUUUUCUGUUUUCUUUGCCAUUGGUUUGAACAAUAAAGAUUAUAUACUCCCACACUAAUCAGGGUAA